GGGUGUUUCUUCGCGGUGUAACAGCUUGCUAUCAUUCACUUCCUAGCAGCUCAUAUGUUACUUUACAAUAUUUACAAUGAUAAAGCGUGCACACAUUAAAUGUCUUAUUGUUGUGAUAAAGUGUUUAUUCUGGAUUUCUCUGAUAUACGGUGCAAUUCUUUUAACAACUUUACCUGGCACAGACAAUGUAUUGGAACAAUCCAUCAACGCUACAAGUAAGACAUUGCCACCGGAAAUAAAACUUAACCACGACACCGCCGGAAGCUCCUCAACUAAACUGUGCGGCGGUAUGUUAUUUCCUUCGUCAAUAGUCGCAAAGGAAAGCUGGCAGCCCGUUGAUAAGUCUAAGAGUAUGUAUACAUUCUCUGCGUAUUUUGUUGAAGGCAGCAGUACAAUUUUCAUAAUUGGUGUCAGACCAAGAAAUCAAGUUUCCGUUAUUUGUCAGUUCUGGCAACAAAAAAAAGGAAGCACGGCCGAAAUCGUGGAAGAAACGGAAGCGGAAGUACGUGCUCUCCUAGACGAUUCCGGAUACAGAUUUGCAUCAACGAUAUUUGAAUGUUUUGUCGACUGGCCGACUCCGCCUGUUUAUGUAUCACUCGUAACGAGACACUGCGACAGUCCAACCAACAUUUUACAAGUUCAGAGUGCUACAAAAGAAACAUCGUACGAACGGCAUUUAACAGUCUGCCUACCACCCUUAGUAUUGCACUAUGAUAAAACUACCGACUUUAUAAAAUGGUUAGAGAUCAAUAGGCAGUUUGGAGUUGAUAAAUUUGUUGUUUAUAAAUACUCAUCUGGGUCUAAUAUUGACCGCGUGCUAGAACAUUACUCAGAACGAGGCUUAACGGAAGUAGUACAAUGGCGGCCGCCAAUGGUUGAUGAAAAUUUCCCACGAGAAAUUCAGCCUGUUGAAAUAGAAAAUUACGCCCAAACCGUGGCUCUUAAUGACUGCUUGUAUAGAAACAAGAAAACGUCAGAAUUCAUCACAAAUAUGGGCCUCAAUGAAUACAUUAUAUCUCCUUUUAACAAUGAAUCCACGAUAUAUAAUAUGAUCAACAGCUUAGGCAUAAACGCCGCAGUGUACCAUGUGACCAAGUCUAUUUUGCAAAAGAGGCUCGACAAACCAAAAUUGAAACCAAAAAGUAAAGUCAUUAGAGAAAAACAAAAAGAGAAACAAAAACUAAACUUACAAGCAGUAAAUGACAAACCCAAGUUGAUAAUUCGUACAGCAGAGGUUGAAUUUUCAUCAAUGCAUCAUGUGCCAGGUGUAGACAGUUACAUGGUUCCGUCCGAAAAAGCACUGAUGCAUAAAAACUCAGGUUUUGGACGAAAUCAGACAUUAGUCCCAAAAUUUGACAGUGUGCUGUCAUGGAAGGUUAUAAAUAGAGCUAACAAAAAUGUUGAAAACGUUUGGAAUAGUCUGAAAAAUGUGCGUAUCAAAUGAAAACGAGGUGAAUAUAUUAAACUGCUGGUUCUGUUCUUCGCAACGGCAUUAUACAGUAUGCACGUGAAUAAAUAUUUUCCUUAUAAUGCAUGAGGUGAAGGAAUAUAAUACCCGUGACGUUUUCAGAUCAAAGACUUAUAGACAUUAUACAGGACGCUACAGCUUGCCUGGGUACAUAAUCAUAACAAUGUUAGCAUUGAACACAAAUAAGCAAACUUAGAAAGAGGUCGAAGCCAUUAUAUUCACAUCUUUAUAGUUUGUACAUACAUGUAAUGUUUUUUUAUAAAUUUUGCCAUAUAAUGUAUGUGUUCUGUAUAAUAAUACACCCUUACAGAAUGACUUGCCAGUCAAUAGUCAAAACUAUUACUCGAGGUCAAAAGGACAACAGACAGAUCAAUAGCACCAAGUGUGGACCGGCGACUUCCUGGUGUUUAAGGAGUCGUGUAACAAAGGCAUUGUGUAUAUUUAGUUUGCUGAGGAAUUUUAAUUAGGAAACUGAAACAAAGAGGCCUAUAUGCCUCUUUGUUAUCAUGGCACGUGCAAUAACGACACGAAGGUUCAACCGGACGACACGCAAUUGUAUUUUUUUUUUGUUGUGGUUGUUUUUAUUGCAUUUAUUUCUGCUUUAAUAUACGAAGUCUACGUAACAACGCACAGACGUUCCGCUACUAGUACCGAAGUGUGUCAAUAGUGUAAUAGUUUGGCAGACUGUGCAAAUAUCAAACAUUUCAGUCUCACGGAGAACCCGAAAUACUUUGUUUCGUCAGUGAGUCACGAUGAUCUGUUAUAUCUAAUUUCAAAUAUGUAGCUUCUAUAAUUACUUGGCUAAAUAUAUAAACUAAGUCUGCAUAUAGAGAUUCUGUCAAAAUUAUGCGAUAACCUAGUAACAGCCACUUGUUUGCAAACACUAUCAGUGUUUAAUGGCAUUGAGCAUGUUCACACUUUGCUUUAUAUUUGUAAUAUGGUUAGUGUUUUAAGGCAGUGGAGCCGUGAUGACAAUCUGCAAAUUAAAUAUUCUCCAUGUAUACAAUUUCGGCAGUCUCCGUUUCUUGUAGGCGGAUUACUACCAAAUGAAAUGUAAGCCUCCGCAGGUCUUGUCACAAGUAGAAUGUAAAAAGUUCUAAUCCUUUUUCCCUUCCUAGUGCCUUUUCUCAAAAGCAACAUGUAUUAUUUUACUCUACCGCGUUUCAGUAUUUUUGUGUAGCUUUCUACUGAAACUAGCAUGUUCCUAUCGCAUUCUUGGUAGAAAUGGCGGCGUAAGAAUUUUAUGUCUCAAAGAAGCGAAAAGGAGUAGUUUUAGUUUAAUCAUAUUUUAUUGUACAUAUAUACAAAAAACACAAACAACAAUCACAUACAUCAAAUAUGUCAUAUAUACAAAUGGGUUGGGCCAAAAGUUAUGACAACGGAGUAAAUCCAGUGGACUGUAUUUAACGAACUGUAGUUUUCUUAUAUAAAAAGUUAACACCCCUUUUUCAUUUUGUUUUUCUAUAGUAGCGAUAUAGUUCUUUAUGAGAAUAUAUGUCUCUGAAAAUCUGAUAUUCUAGAAAAGGUCGAAAACAGUUAUAAAAGAAGUGUAUUUUAUAUGAACUAAAGAAAACAGCCGGAUUAAGUGGUGUUCAGUCUGUACACGCUCAGCUUCAGUUAUAACCGAAGAAUGCCAAAUUGCCAACUGAUAAUUUGCGAAAGUACGGAAAUUGCCGAACGCCAUUAUGAUUACGGGUCUAUUACCUUAUACUGUUUAUAAAAAUAAACCUGUUUAUUAUUUGUUCUUAAUAAAGCCAGGUAUAACUGUCUCAUGGAGUUUAUAACAUUGUUUAGUUUUUAAGCUUACAUGUAUCGUAAAACAUUCAUUUUUAACAGCUGUCAAAAUUUUCAUUCUAAUUAAAUGCCAAGAUUACAAGAUUAC